AUGGCCAUGUCAAAUGUCUUCCUCGGCGCUAGCAUUGGAUUUUGCUUUCUCCUUCUUCUUUUUGUCUUCACAAUCCUUUUCCGAAUCAAAUCAGGUCAAAAAGUCUGCUGCUUCCCCUGUGGAAAGCUUCGGAAGAAAAAGUCCACAGUUGCAGGAACAGGCGGAAACUCAAACGGAGAACCAAAGCUUUUAAAAUCGACCACAGUGAACCCAGAAGCCUCGGACCAGCCAAUCGUCAACGUAUAG